GAUGAGUGAGGAGCCGCCGCGCCGCCUCCCCAGCAUGCUGGGCUCAGCCGCUUCUCCCACCGCCCUAGGUGGGGGCCAUUCCGCCCGCCCCGGUAGCCCGCCCUCACCGCCAGGCGCCAGCAGCAGCCAGCCCAGCCCGGCCCCGCAGAGCAGUCCCCACGCGACCCGCGUCUUGCGGCCGCCUCAGCACCGACUCCGGCUGUCGCCGACUCAGCGCCAGCCACCAGCUCCCGGGCAGGCGCGGAAUCACACGCGUGCGGCGAUUGGCUAUCUGGGCCCGGAUGAUGUGUCGGUCUCUCUGAUUCGGACUGCCGGAGCGCCCCCUGCUUGGGUGGGUUGUUGCCGUGCAACGAUGUGCCUGACCUGGCCUAUCCUGGCUGGAGGGGAGCCGUGCGCAGGUGGCAUCUCAAGCACACCCUCAACCGUUCACGUCUGUGGCCUUCAUCCGUGAAACCAUGGGCUAGAGCAAGAAAACGAGCUAUUCCAAGAACCCAUUCCCUCCCCCGACCUCCAGCCUUGUCCGCUGCUUCACAUACCCACUCUGUGCCCGCUACUGGCAGAAGCGCUUCCACCUCAGUGGAGGUGCAUUUGCAUUCGCAAAUGCAAAUAUCAAAUUCACACAAUAUUACAUUCCACCAAAAGUGUAAAUGAGUCAGUAGGUUCUGCCCCUACUACAGGGAUGGGAACGGAUACCAGAAAGAAAUAAGUGAAAAGUAAAAAGGAGGAAAGGGUAAAGAGGAAAGGGAGACAAUGAGAAGAGGGCUGAAAUUUCACAAUUGAAAAUUAACUGUUCACAUUUACAGUUCUUUCUGUGAAAUGCAUAAAGGCAACCUCAUUUAAAACGAAGUCGGGAAGCCCUGAAGGGGGAGGGCUCAGGCACUAAACACUCACUGCAUCUUGCAGUUUCCCAGAGGAAGAAGCUAAGGGGUCUCACAAGGAGAAACUUACUUUACUACUCCAGGAGGAAGAUUUUCCUCUUACCCAGCAAUAACUCAGCCAAUGAGUAGCUGGCACCACCCUCAACUCUGCUUUCCUCCAAUCGACUUUCCUUCAAAGUAUCCUCUCAGCUUCCUCCUUUUUCUCUAUAAAGUAAUGCUCUUCUCCUUUGUUCUCUUGCCUAUGGUUUGCCAUAGCUUGUAUGUCCUGAACUGCAAUUCCUCUACUAUUCCUGAAUAAACCCAUUUUGCUGAUAAAAUAACAAAUGUAUUUUUAAGAUUGAUACUUCCUACAGGCAUAUCCCACCAGGUUCUGUCAAAGCAAUUAUUUCAACUCUAUGAACACAGAUUGGGGAAAGCAUGCAAUCAGGAAUUUAAUAGCUAUGUUCAAAAUUGCUGUCUGCCAUCCUGGAAGGAUUUUUGUUAUCUAUAGAAUGAGGUCUAUAGAACAUGUACCUUAGUUGCUGUAAAGAUCAAAUGAGUUCCACACAAAAACUUGUACA